UCAGCCGAGCUCGGCGGUGGCGCGGGCGGCCGGGACGCAGCUGCCCCCUCUCGGCGUCCGCUGCAUCCCCAGCAGCCACCGCCACCUCGGCCCGGAGCCGCCAAGAUCUCGCCCGGCGGUUGCGGGCAGGGGCGCCUCCGAUCGAUCUUCUGAAAUUUAAGUUUUCAAGAUGAAGCUUUCAUUGGCAACUGCCUUUUUAAUUUUAAUUUCCUUGUGGGUGGAAGAAACCUAUUCUAAGGAAAAGUCUUCAAAGAAAGGGAAGGGGAAAAAGAAGCAGUAUCUAUGCCCAUCUCAGCAGUCAGCGGAAGACCUCGCCCGAGUACCUGCCAACUCCACUAGCAAUAUCUUGAACAGGUUAUUGGUCAGUUAUGACCCCAGGAUAAGACCAAACUUCAAAGGCAUUCCUGUUGAUGUAGUAGUCAACAUUUUUAUUAACAGUUUUGGAUCCAUUCAAGAAACAACAAUGGACUAUAGAGUUAACAUCUUCCUGAGACAAAAAUGGAAUGACCCCAGGCUGAAGCUUCCCAGUGAUUUUAGGGGUUCAGAUGCACUGACAGUGGAUCCAACGAUGUAUAAGUGUUUAUGGAAACCUGAUUUAUUUUUUGCAAAUGAAAAAAGUGCCAACUUUCAUGAUGUAACCCAGGAAAACAUCCUCCUCUUUAUUUUUCGUGAUGGAGAUGUCCUUGUCAGCAUGAGAUUAUCUAUUACUCUUUCAUGCCCUUUGGACUUGACGUUGUUUCCCAUGGAUACACAACGUUGCAAGAUGCAACUGGAGAGCUUUGGUUACACAACUGAUGAUUUACGGUUUAUCUGGCAGUCAGGGGAUCCUGUGCAGUUAGAAAAAAUUGCCUUGCCUCAAUUUGAUAUUAAAAAGGAGGAUAUUGAAUAUGGUAACUGUACAAAAUACUAUAAAGGCACUGGCUACUACACAUGUGUGGAAGUCAUCUUCACCCUGAGGAGGCAGGUCGGCUUUUACAUGAUGGGGGUCUAUGCCCCAACCCUGCUCAUUGUGGUUCUCUCCUGGCUUUCCUUCUGGAUCAACCCGGACGCGAGUGCUGCCAGAGUGCCCCUGGGUAUCUUCUCAGUCCUCAGCUUGGCCUCUGAGUGCACAACACUUGCUGCUGAGCUUCCCAAAGUUUCCUACGUGAAGGCUCUUGAUGUGUGGCUCAUUGCUUGCCUUCUCUUUGGGUUUGCUUCCCUGGUGGAAUAUGCUGUUGUCCAAGUGAUGCUGAACAACCCCAAAAGGGUUGAAGCAGAAAAAGCCAGGAUUGCUAAGGCUGAGCAAGCAGAUGGAAAAGGUGGAAAUGUGGCUAAAAAGAAUACUGUGAAUGGAACAGGGACUCCUGUUCAUAUUAGCACUUUGCAGGUUGGUGAGACCAGAUGCAAAAAAGUUUGUACUUCUAAGUCUGAUCUGAGAUCUAAUGACUUCAGCAUUGUCGGAAGCUUACCAAGAGAUUUUGAAUUAUCCAAUUAUGACUGCUAUGGAAAACCCAUUGAAGUUAACAAUGGACUUGGGAAAUCUCAGGCUAAGAACAACAAGAAGCCUCCCCCUGCGAAACCUGUUAUUCCAACAGCAGCAAAGCGAAUUGAUCUUUACGCAAGAGCAUUGUUUCCUUUCUGCUUCUUGUUCUUCAAUGUUAUAUAUUGGUCUAUAUAUUUAUGAUAACUCUUUUCCAUUUGUACGAAAUAAAAUUCCAUUCCAUUGUGACCUACUCCAUUAAUAAAUGCCAACCUGUGAGAACUUUUGAAUUUUCAUAGCAACAUUGCAUUUUGGAUGCCAUUUGAUUGUAAUAAAAUUGUGGCACCUUAAUUUUGAACGGCAGCAUGAUCAUGUAAUGUCUGUGCUCUAAUUAUGUAUAUAUGUAUAGUGAACAUAUUGCUUUAAAAAUAAAAGAAGGAUAAGCAUACUACAUAAUAUAAUUCCAACAGUUCUCUUCAGUUAGCAUAAACUGCAAAUACUAUGAAUAAUUCUGAUAAUAAAAUGAUAUGCACGCUGAAUCCUGCUAUGAUCACCAUUCUAAUGUCUGUAAUAUUUCAAAUUUCCUUCCUCGUAAAUUUCAAAGAAAGCCAUCUUAUUCUUGUAUAAUUUUAAAUGGUAUUAUCACAGAAUUUAAAAAGUUGUAUUACAUAUUGUUUAAACUUUGUAAGUAGAAAUAUAUCAGUUAUAAUUAUGCGGGCUCUGUGGAGAAAUAAAGUUCAGAAAAUAUUAAUUUGUAAAACCAGCUCAUUUUAAAGUGUGUUUGUGUUGUCAAAAUAUCAGAUAGUAAUACAUAGUAAGCAUUUUAAAACAAAGGUAAACCUAUAUUUAUGUAAAUAUAUACUGAAUUCUGACCAAAUAAAAAAUUAAAGAUAGCUUAUUCAUUAAAUAUUUAAGAUAAACAAAACUCUAUUUAAUCCACCUUAACACCUAAACAUAUUUUCAUGGAUUUCAUUUGUUGGUGCAUAUUACACAAAACAUUGUGCCUUAAAAAGAGUGACACGUAUUUUAAAUUGGAAUGCAGUAAUAGAUACAUGGCUUUACAUCAUUUUAAAGAAACCAAGAAGAAGUAAAAAGUUGAAAAAUAAAUCCAUAAUUAUUAAAAUAUUUUAACUUUUUAUUUUAUUAAAAUGCUUGCACAUUUUAAGUAAAAUUAAAAAUGUUUUCUGA